GUUGCAACAAAGCACAACAAAACAAAAACAAAUGACGUAGGAAAGGUUUCAAACACCUCUCCUCUUCAAUAUCUCUUUCCCCUACUCCAAAUUCUGUUGUCUCAAUAUCUCUCUUUUUUUUCAGUGAAAGAAUGCACCAAUGAAUGGUAGUUUGGGCUGGAUAAAGGAAUAACUUCAGGGAUGGGAGGUUGCUGCUGUUCUUCCAGAAAAGCUCAUCUGCAUGGAACACCUGUCUAUUACUAUUGUCCACCGAUUCUGGAAGAGCAUGAGUCCUUGAGAUCUCAUGAUGGUGCAGCCUCUGCACUUACUGCUGAAUUCCUGGUUGAUUUUGGUCUGGAUGCAUCAACUCCUGACACUUACCGAGCCCCUCCUGCACCUUUGCCAUAUGAUUUGGUCUUGGGAUAUCCACAAUCAACAGAAUCUGAGUCUGCCAGAGGAACAGUUAGUGGCGAUAGCUUUGAAACUUUGACUACAUGUGAAGAUCUUGAGGAAUCAGAUUGCAAAGCUCAAGCCAAUUCUUUGUGUGUCUCACCAAGGAAGUUAGAUGCUCCAAAUUUUAAUGAACGUAAUGUAUCUGUAGCAAAAGAAGAUAUUUGUCCCAAUGUAUCUGUAGCAGAAGAAGGUGCUUGUCCCAAAGUAUCUGUAGCAGAAGAAGAAGAUGUCUGUCCCAUUUGUCUUGAAGAGUACGAUGCUGAAAAUCCAAAUAUUAUCACGAGAUGUGAACACCACUUUCACCUCUCAUGCAUUCUUGAAUGGAUGGAAAGAAGUGAUGCAUGCCCAAUAUGUGAUCAGGAAAUGACUUUUGAAAAUAGCUGUAAUUAGUUGCUCAUAUUCUCUUUCAAGACACAAGUUUCUUAGCUGUUUGCAACCAAGCUUGCCAACUCAGUGCCAAAGAUGCAUGGCAGUUGUUUUGUUUUGUAAUUGAUCAUUUGGUGAUGCCCCCCAGAUUUAUUUGUAGUUUGGUGAAAGUCAUAUACAAAAGUGAAAUGUCGUUUAAUUCCAUUGUUCCCAUACCCAAAAUUGAAGUAGAGAAAUUAAGUUAUCGAACGUGAAAAAUAGUGCCUUGGUCCUCCAUCUCUUCUUCAUUGCUUUAUCCUGGGCCAGUUUUCAGAUAUGUCUCCAGAUUAAUAGGAAUUUAGAUUCAAAGGAAAAGGAAAAUAAUGGCACGGCUGGCUAGCAUGUUGAUUUGCUAGAUUUUCUCCUCCCUGUACAGAUUAUAGUGCUUUUUGUUUGUUUUUGUAUCAGUUGUAUGCAUAGAUUUGUUUUGUCUAUUGUAUAAUUGUUUCGUAAAUAGUCAUUUUAACUUUGGAUGGGUAUGACAUUGGUGAAUUAGAUUGGCUUGUAAAAUGUAUGGAAUGAGAAUGACCAGUUAGAUGUAUACUACUUUGUUGAAGUAGAACCACUGUCUGCAGCUUUAGCUUCCAAAUAUUCAUGUAGCCUUUUCUGGCAAUGGGAUAUAUAUUUUUAAAGUUCUUCAAUCUUUUUCCUUUCAGAGGUUUAUGAUUCAAGGUUAUAAUUUUGAACA